GAUCACCUUUGAGUCAGAAAUGCUUUAAUAGAUGCCACAACAGAAUGAUGAGAUAAUAUGAACUAGAAAUAACAGUAUAUUGCUUAGGGAUGCGUGUUACAAUAACAUCCCCUUAAUGAAUUAUCAGACCCCCUUUAUAUAGUAGAGGAGUCCAAUUCUAGGUAUAUUUCUAUAUAAGGUAAAAAUCUCUUGAUUUGUUGAUUACUGGUUCCUUGCUGAUACGUACCGAGAUUCUCGCCGUAAUAUCUGUACAGUCGCGGAUAUUUCGGUCUUCUAUUACUUAUCCUCGAGCUCAUUCGAGUCUAAGGUCGACACCGAACUCAAUUUUUCUCGAAGGCAGGUUUUCCGACCUCGGGUUCUAGCUCGGUGAGAUUCGGGGUCGAUCUUCAGUCCGUGGUCGCCAUGUUCCAAACCUAAUCUAUCAAGUUGAAGUCGACCUCGACUUCGGCCGUAUACAUAAUAUUAAAAAGUGCAUGUGUGAAAACAGCCAAAAAAUUUAAUUAAAGUGUAGCGGAUAGAGUAGUAUUUUUUGUAUGAGUUGUCUCCUAUCCUGCCUUCGUUCAUGGUUAUGUCACGCUGGCUCCAAUCAUCACCUCUAAUUGCUGUUUUUAGCUUUCGUUUUCUGGAUAGAGAAUUCCUGGAAUACUUUUCAUCAAAAGCUAGUGUAACAUCAUCAUAAUUAGGAGGUGAAUUAAUUAGUUAGUAGGUGGAAGUUAAACUACGAGCUCAAUUGACAUAAACCUGAGAGUUGAGACCAACUUCUUCAAGAGCUAGAUGGUCCAGUGUUUUGAACUUUCUUGAAAGUAACUAAGUGUCUAAAUUAUUUUGUAGGCCUAACCUACUAUAGCCCACAAAAGAAUCAAGCUGCUAGAAUAAUUUAAUGCAUAAUUCAAUUCUUUAAGCCUAUAAAACGUACCAAGCAUUUCUUUACUGCCAGGACAACACAAAUUGAAACAAUGGGUACCCUCAAUCUCAACCCUGAACUUGAUGACCAAAUUUUCAACACCAUAAACCCUUUAGAUCCUGGAGAAUUCAGAAAGCAAGGUCACAUGAUUGUGAACUUCCUUGCUGAUUACUAUCAAAACCUUGAAAAAUAUCCAGUUUGUAGCCAAGUCAAUCCAGGCUAUCUCCAAAAGCUUGUACCGAAUUCUGCACCUGAUAACCCUGAACCACUUGAAAAAAUUCUUCAAGAUGUCAAAAGAGAUAUCAUUCCAGGGAUAACUCACUGGCAAAGUCCUAAUUUCUUUGCUUAUUUUCCUUCUUCAGGAAGUACUGCUGGAUUCCUAGGCGAAAUGCUUAGUGUUGGAUUUAAUGUGGUAGGGUUCAAUUGGAUCUCAUCCCCUGCUGCAACUGAACUUGAGAGCAUUGUGAUGGAUUGGUUUGGGAAAAUGUUAAAUCUUCCCAAUUCUUUCUUAUUCUCUGGGGGUGGUGGGGGUGUACUACAGGGUACAACUUGUGAAGCCAUGUUGUGCACUAUAGUGGCAGCUAGAGAUCAAAUGCUGAGGAAAAUUGGUAGAGAGAAUUUUGGCAA